UUCCCCUCCUCUCUAUAUCUUGAACAUUUUGAAAAAAUGACCAUGGACUUGAGGGUAGGCAACAAAUAUCGAAUAGGAAGAAAGAUCGGCUCAGGUUCUUUUGGAGAUAUUUAUCUCGGAACAAACAUUAUUAACGGCGAAGAAGUUGCAAUUAAACUAGAGUCCACAAAAGCAAAACAUCCACAACUUGAAUAUGAGGCAAAGGUUUACAAAACAUUGGCUGGUGGUGUGGGUAUUCCUUUCGUCCGCUGGUACGGCACCGAAUGCGAUUACAAUGCAAUGGUAAUCGAUCUGCUAGGUCCGUCUUUGGAAGAUUUGUUUAAUUUUUGCAAUCGAAAAUUCACAUUGAAGACAGUGCUGUUAUUAGCCGAUCAAUUGAUUUCUCGAAUUGAAUACAUUCAUUCGAAAAACUUUAUUCAUCGAGACAUCAAGCCCGAUAACUUCUUAAUGGGGAUUGGUAAACGGGGUAAUCAAGUUAAUGUCAUCGACUUCGGUUUGGCCAAAAAAUAUCGUGACCCGAAGACGCACUUACAUAUUCCCUAUAGAGAAAAUAAGAAUUUAACAGGAACAGCCAGAUAUGCAAGCAUUAACACUCAUUUAGGUGUUGAACAAUCCCGGCGUGACGAUCUUGAGUCACUGGGUUAUGUGAUGAUGUAUUUCUGUCGCGGUUCACUUCCAUGGCAAGGCCUUAAAGCCGCUACCAAGAAGCAAAAAUAUGAUCGUAUCAUGGAAAAGAAGAUGACCACACCGACAGAACUUCUUUGUCGUAGCUUUCCCAGUGAAUUUGCAAUCUACCUAAAUUACACUCGAUCUCUUCGUUUCGACGAUAAACCAGAUUAUAGUUAUUUGAGAAAGCUAUUCAGAGAUUUGUUUGUCCGCGAAGGUUAUCAAUAUGAUUAUGUCUUUGAUUGGACAAUUUUCAAAUAUGAGAAAGAUGCGAACAAGGUGCACCCACCGCUGCCACCUCCAGAUGAUGCUAACGGCGCUGUUGAACAAGUAGAGGAAGACCCCAAAAAUCCGAAACGUGUCCCUCGACAGACUCCUUCUGGGAAUCUCGUCAACGACUCUUCGUCUUCACGCCGAGCUGUGAAUAAACCAGCUUACGCAGGUGCCGGUAUCAGUUCUACUCGCGCUGCCGUAACAUCACCUCAACAACCUAUUGCAGGCGGUUCGCGGUUAACACAAGUUCCUAGACGUAAGGGCCAAGAAACUAAUCCCCAGACUGUGGAUAAUAAUCGAGUCAUUCAAUCGGAUAGACUGCUUCGAAGCCAAACUAAGAAUAAUCCGGCGGUGAACUAUGCUGGUACAUACCGAGGAGGAGUCAAAAGGGACGAUCCGGCCAGCGGAAACCAGUGGUAUUAA